AACUUUCCAAUCUUUAAGUUAGAUAGCAUGUUCAUUUCUAUGUCAAAUUCUAUAGCAGUUGCUAUUUUUGUGUUUGUUUGUGGUUUACUGCUAUCAAAGGGAUAGCGGGGUUGGGGGAGGGAUAUGGGCAUGUAAAGCCAUGUGCUGUGGACAGCUCCACCACAUCUUUAUGCUGUUUGUCUGUACAGAGGAGUUAAAGCCGUUUUGUGAGUAUUUUAACCAUGUUAUGCAUACAUUUUUGCUAUUUUGUUUUCAGUGUUUUCCAGAAUAUGUUGAUAACAGGAUUGUGUUUCACACUUACUCAGUGGUCAGUAGUGUAGUUCCAAUGCAGUGAUUGUUACCAGGAAACCAUAUCAGGCAACCUUCUAGAAAUGCACAUAAGGCUUAAUCUGCCAAACCUAAGUAUAACAGACAGAGGAUCCAUUUGCAGAGAUGCUUUAUCACAAAGUCAUAGUGAAAUCACAAACCAGUUCAAUGGCACUGAGCAGGCAGUAGCCAGAAUAUGAGAGGUCACAGUAAAAUUAGUUCAAAGGACAAUCUGGAAAAGUAAACCAGGAGAGCAUACAGAAGGUCAGUAGGAUAACAAAGUUUAGACCUUACAUAACCAGUGUUUGGGAAGACUUUGAAAUAAAUGAAUGAUAUUGGAGUGUUCUAUAUGUGGGAGUUAGGAAGUGAAUCAGAAAUGUUUGCCAUAUUAAAACUCUGGGGACUGUGACCUUUGCUGGUUGGUUGGACUUGCUUUAAAGGACAUUGCUUCUGAUGCUCCUGAAGCCAAACCACCUCUCCUACCCCCGAGCCUGGGAGCAGGUUGGUCUGGACGGUCACAAUGGACAGCUGGGUCUGGAAUGUCAUUUCCACUGACCCUGGAUCAUUCUUCAGGGCAGUACCCCUCCCAGUCUACAAGGUAUAGCAUGCAAGAGCCUAGUCACUUGUAGUUGAGUACCCUCUUCACAAGGUAAGCCAGACCACCCUCUCCUAGUCCAUUCAUUCCAGAAAAAUGCCCUGAAUCUGGGACUUCCAAAAUGGUAUUUUCACUUAGAGAUUGCUGGUGAACAACCACACUGUUGCCACAACUGUAUGCCAGGCAUAGUUGUGGAUGCAGCCUGUGUAUCUUUUUAGUUUGAGACUGUCUUUGUCUUUGGACCUACUGUAGAUUAACAUAUGUUGCUUCCCAGGUCUGUUCACACAUUCUCAACAAAUCAUCAAGGAUUUUUAACAGGAUUUAGGUUUGGUUUACCAGACAAUUCACCAGACCCUAAUGCAGGUUGGUUCUACUAACAAGCAUGUGAGGCCAGUUGAGGGGUUUGUGAAGCAUUUCUGCUUGUACUCUGCCCAGGCUUGGUAACUGGAAACGUGUGAUCUUUUUUGAUUUUUUUCAAACAUUUGUUUGUGGAUGAAAGCUGGAUGAAUGACUGACAUUGAUGGUAUGUUGCUGAGUGAACAUUCUCAAGACGUGUGAUGUCUCCACUGCCCUGUCAGAAACAAUGCCCACUGGAAUCCCAUAAUAUCUAAUGACCAGCCUAAACAUAACUUCGGCAGAUACUAAUGCAGUAUGGAUUUUGGGAAGUGGUACCUAAUUACCUUGUAAUACUGGAAGAUCAGUUAUACCAGCAACAUUGUGGAAUAAGAAUGGUUCCUGUUUUCCCAAACUGAGUAUUCUUUGACACACUAUUGUCCAAGGAGAACCACUGGAACUAUGGUUACAAGGGAGAUGGCCAUCUGUAUUCCAGGACACCCUUGCCCAAUCCCACUUUUGAAAUCAUCUACGAAAUAGUACCUUUUCUUGUGGCAGAUCCUGAUGAACUCCUCCAUGAAGGCAGAUAUCUGCUAGAACUGUUGAGAAGCGAUGGCUGAAAUCAGAUCCCAAAUUUCUACGUAGUCCAUGGUGUUAGCCAGGUCUUCUAUAUCAGAUCAAGCUUAGACUGUGUGAUGAUCCAUGCUCAAUGGUGGUCAAAUACAAAGUUCAAACAUAUGCAUUAAAAUCGCAAAUUCAAUUGACAUUUACAUUAAUGCACAAUCAGACAACUGAAAGCAGUAUACCAUGAAAGAAGGCAGAAGGUCAAACUUAGUAUAAAUAGUAACUAAGACAAGAAUGAGUUCACACAUCUGCAAUGCUUCACAAGACUUCACACUGAAUGAAUGAUCUGGAUAUGUUUAUAUACCGGGGAGUCAGAACAUGAACCAUACAUGUUUGGCAAACAUCUGGGACUCUGGUGACUGCAACCUCUUCUGGUGGGGAGGGGUAAGGUCCUUGACAAGUGUUACACUGCGACCCUGUAUGUCUUGAACACCACCGAAUUGGACGUGUCCUUUCAUUUGUAUGCAGAUCAGCAUGCAAUUACUGAUGUUUUAUCUGUGCGUAUGUCUUUUUUUUUUGCUCAUUUUGGAUUAAAAUAUGAUUAAAUAGUUACACUGUAUUGCCUUUUCAAAGCCCCAAUCAGGAAUGUCUGGCCCAAUAAGAACACAGUAGGACAGUAGUAGUACUUUCUUCAGCAAGUAUAACAUAAUUAGUUAGUUUAUUAGUUAAACACAUUUAGUACUUAUUGGGGCUUUGAAAGAUUCCUAAAAUGUUAAAAUUUGUAAAACGGCUACCCGAUAUGAUAAACAUGAUUUAACAGGCAUCUCUGACACUGGCUUUACACACUCAAACGAAGGGAGGUAAAAGCAAUACCAGCAUCAUCUGUUGCACUGUCACCUUUAAGCGGUGAGCCACUGAACAUUUCCUUCUAUACAUAAUAAUAAUUUGGCUGUAUGUUAUAAUAUGAUGCAUAAGCAAUACAUUAUUGACUGUUUUCUAACUAAAUUGUAUUACUCUUGGGAUACCACAGUUUAUUACACGAACUCACCAAUACAUUUAUCCGAGCAACUGAAUUCACCAGUCAAAGCUGAUAUUAAAUGAUAGAUGCACAUGAUAUAGUUGUUUAAAACACAUGCCAUGUAGCCUGGCUAACAUUUGUCCUGUUUCUCAUUAGGCAUCUUAGAACGACUGCAGUAUUCACCAGCUCCACAGACAAAAUGUGUUAUGAAGAGUCGCUUGCAUUCGACUGGCUUUGGAAUCGCGUCAAGUUCAGGUUGCAAAACGCAAUAGUAGGAACCCUGCAUUAAACUUUUUUGAUGUCUGUAUAGCUGUUAGGUAUAUUUAUAUAUUAAAAACAAGAUUUUAGACAAUUGUGUCACUUAGAUUACAUGUUCUCUAUUGUCACACUUAAAUCAUUCACAGUUUAUUGAACGAAAGCCAUUUCUGCAUGUGUCCUUGCAUGCCUCCAGCCUACCCCAUCUGAUAAAAAAAAUGACGUUAUUGAUAGGGAAUAAAGUUGUGCUUCUUUUUCUCUUCACUGUUUUGUGUUGAAGGAAAAUGGCAGAUCAAAUGUACAUAUGGAUUCUGUUAUGUUCUGAUAAUGAAUAACGUGAUAAACAACACUAGAGUCAGUUACCAGAUCUCCAGACAGAGUUAUUGAUGAUGGAGCUCUUCUUGACCAGACAUACUUUAUUGUAAUAUAGCCUUUUCUCUGCGGUUGUUAUAGAGGUUUGGAUACAUUAUCACAAGUCUUGGAAGGUCAAAUAAAGUAACUGGUCAAGAAAAGUCCCAUCUGUAUUUACUGUUACUGUUUCUUAUGAUGUUUUAGGGUAAAAAUAUAACUUUAGCGCACAUUUGAGGUUUCAUACCAAACUGUACAUUAUGUCAAUGUGUUUUUAAUUGUAUGCAUGUGCUCCAUUAAGCAAAUAUGAUUAUCCGGCCUACGAAGAACUCCAUUUACAUUUUAUACCCACUGAUUUGCUUAAGAACAAAGAACUCUUUGUAUUUCUUCAUUAAAAACCUUUGCAGCGUUUCAGUGGCACAAAGUCAGAGAGCGGUUUUAAGAGGCCAAGAAGAGCCCUGUUGUGUCUAAUCUUCUUCCCCCCCUAAGCCAUUUACAGUUACGAUCCUCCUUUUUUGCCUGUUACGAGGACGGUGAUCAUGCAACGCUCUCAAUCGUGCCAUUUCUAAGCAGGGUGUACUGUAAAGCUUCAAUUUUACACAUUUAUAUGCAUCACAACGAAAUGUGCAGUGGGGUUGCCAAAGGAUUUAUCGCAUGAAAUGACAAUUGACAGUUAUAAAGACUGCUGGAAUUAAGUGCUGUUAACAGGAGGCUGUGUGACCCAGAUCAGUGGCUGUGCAUAAUUUAUAUCCAUCAGUGGUGUUAAUGUAUUAUUAAUAUUAGCUAUCGAAUAAGAACUGAUUAGGAUUAUGACAUGCAAAAUUUAAGCAACUGCAAAAUAUGGAAAGAUUUAUUCAUAUUGCAUUGUCAAUGCAUUAUUGCUGAUUUUUGAUGUCCUUAAAACAUUUGGUUUCUAUAAUCAUCAGAGCAGUAAAUACUAUGAGGGGAUAAUAAGCAUAUUUGUAUACUUGUGUCUUUUAAAUAUGUUGUUAUUUAAUAGACUUCCAGUGCAUAUAUCCACUCCAGUUUUACACGAUUUGCCUUUGAAUUUGUUUGGAAAUCUUCAGACACUAUUUUUUUUUUUAAAAAAUCAUGGAACCCCAAGCAAUCACCCCAGAAUGCUCACAUGAUAAGGAAGGUCAGAGGGAAGCCAGGAGGCUCUCGAAAAGAGUUGCAGGAUGACCUGAAAGCAGCAGGAUUAACAGUUCCACAGAGCUACAAUAAGCGAUCAUCGGCACCGUUCUCAUCUCUUCCUACACACCACACAAAACUCCUCUGCAAAAAAGCUUUUAGGCAAAUCAGAACAUCUUUUUGAACAGGAAACUCAACUGAAACUUAAACAGAACAACAAUUUAUCUCAUCAUGUUUGGAGAAAAAAGGGCAACAUCGAAGUAUAGAGCUGCUUUUCUGCACACAGUACUGGGGCAGGACCCAUCACUGAAGGGAGCAUGAACGGAGCGAUGUAAUAGGAUAUAAUAGAGCAGGAUUUUAUUUUAUCAGCCAAGCAACUGAAUCUGGAAUGAAGAUGACCCAGCCAAAAUAGCCUACACCAACCUCUGACUUUAAUCCCGGUGCAAAUUUUUUUAGAGAAUUUUUGAGGUAACAUCUUUGAUUUGCUAAGACGAGUGAACCACAUUUGAGCCACAACUCUCCAUAUGGCUAAUCACUUCUUAACGUGGAGAUUUUUUAAUUGACAUCAACCUUCAUUACAGAAAAAUAUUAAUGUUGGUCAUUUUGGAAUCUACUUAUUGGUUCGCAUUUAAAGUCCAAAAGGCUUUAUGUGUGUACAUUCAAAGUGGAUAUAUGCACUGGAAGGAUAUUAAAUAACAAAAACGUUUCUAUCGUAAUACGCUAUUAUAAUAUUACAUGUCUUAAUUCUCCUCAUUGGGCAGCUUUCAUUGGCUGAAUUUUAUUGUUGACAUGGUUGUUACAAAAAAUGCAUUCUAACAAAUUCUCUCUCUCUUUUUCAGUUUUAUAUUCGCCGUUAUGACUGUGAGAUUAGUUGUGUUCAGAAGACCAAGCCUUAAUAUUUCAAAAUGUGUAGUACGCCACAGCACUGUGAAAAUCUCCCUUCUUGACCUGUCAAGAAUUUGUUGAUGACUUUUCUAUAACAGUGCAGCAGUGGUGCCUUGAAAUGAUAGCAUAUUAAUGCGCUGGUUCUAAUCCUACAUUGUUUCUACAGAUAAAAAAAUAUAAGCAAAGGAGUAUAACAAUUUUUGUCGUGCUGUUAUUGGAAAACAAUCAACUUUGUGGUUUAACUGUUUUUUUUUUUCAGACAGUACCAUAUGAUUCCAAGAUGUUGUUUACGAUUAAACCAGAUGCUCAAUGACUCUAGCGAUCAAUUCAGGAUGUCUAGCACUUUCUUUCCUUUUUUUAAUGACCUGCUCAUUUGACUUCAUGGUUUGUGCUUUUUAUUUUUUGUUUUGUUACACCUACCUUGCUCUUUAAACAGCUUUAUUUUCUUUAAAUAUGAUUUGUCAAUGAAACAACUCCUUAUUUUCUGAUGCUUUAUGCAUGACUAGCUGUGAUUUUCAUUUCUAUGUAGCUAAUAUUAUGUGUAUAUUGUACGUAAAUGGAAUGUUACGGACUGAUCAUUUUCUCUUUAUGACAAGAGCUCUAUAUUUCUGCAGGAGAACGAAAGCACAUUUUGUUGUUCCAACAAAACAGCACCUUUAUUUUCUUUGGGAAACAUUUGUGGAGAUUGUUGUAGGGAUGUGAAAACAGGUCAAAGCUUUAGAUAGAUAAAUGUAACUAUUUCUGGGUAUAUAUGUGUGCAUUGUUUAAAUUAUAUCCAGUGAUGACCUGGGAUCAGCUUAGCGAUUGACUUUGCACCUUUAUACUGUAAGCUCAUCGCAUAGCAGUGUCAAAACAACAGCCGCUGUGUAAUCAUUACCCCUGUUUGGUCUCAGGCUUUUUCCAGAGCACCAGCAAACUGUUCCUAAGCGAACGGGCCAGUUGGGUCCAGCUCAAAGAGUUCGCUCGCAAAAAUGCAGCCAAUGCCCUGUCUGUUGCCAACAUGGUCAUGGGGAUGGCCUCCAUUCUCAGCAGUCUCAAUGGGCACCAUUAUGCUGCAUGUUGGCUGGUGCUGAUUGGUUACCUGCUGGAUUUGGCAGAUGGUGCGGUUGCCAGGCAACUGAACGCUUGCUCAGCACUGGGAGCCAAACUGGAUGAUUUUGCUGAUUUCACAACUUUUGGUAUAGCGACUUCGUUGCUUUUAAGGACCCCCAACAUCCUGGACAAUGUCCUCUGCAUGUGCUACAUGCUGUCUGUGUUUAUUCGACUUUGUUUCUUCUCCAGUGGCAUUCCUUUCAUGUAUCGUGGCCUGCCGUGCAUCUACUCUUCCGCAAUUCUCGCCUGCCUGUCUCUCCUCACUGGAGGGAACAUGGCUGUUCUCCGGCUCACUGCUCUGGCCAUGAUCGUCUUCAUGGGCAGCCAUACUCUUUACCCUCAUGACCGGGUGCUGGAGUCACAGGCCUGGAAAAAGGUGGUCUAUGCUGGAGGUAUUAUUAUGGUCUUCUGCUCUUCAUUCCCUCCUGUGUGUCUGUACUAUCUGCUAUGGUCAGUGUCCUACAUUUUGUUCCCAAUGUCCCUAUGGAGCUGUAAAGUGUAACUGGCUACGAAGUGUUAUCCAUACACUCCAGGCUGGAAGAAAGCCCAUGUGGCCCAACAGAAGCAUCUGCUCUUUGCUGCCUUGGAGUAUCAAACCCUGCUCAAUCCCAGAAACUCUGGACAUUGUAUGCUGUAUUUUUUUUUUUUAUUGGUGACGUGAUGAACUUUGGGUUGCAGUGAUGAAAUCUGCCUGAUCUACAGGACUGAUCAGUUUGUUUUUUAAAAAAAAAAAAGGAAGUUUGACUGCAAAAUACUUUUCUAUUUGGGUGAACUGUGAACCGUGUGUUGCGUUCACGGAGGUUUCAGAUGUGCGUCGCUCUUGAAAUUUCAAGGGUAACAAGGAUUCCAUUGCAGCUGCUGUGGAGUGAUGUUAUUUUGGUGAAUGUUAUUCAUGGGGGAAAAAAAUAGAUGAAGAUUUGAAGAGAACAA